AUGUCCAAUAACUUUGUCGCUGACGAAAGCGCGUCGGCCACUUCUAUCAAAUCUAUACUGCCCUCGCCAGGAACCCUUGCCAGGCUCAUAAAGCGCCUCAAGUCACUGACUCUUACCUUGCUACCACUCGAAGUCUCUCCUGACGCAAUAAACGAUCCAACAAGCAGGGUCAUCACCCCUCAGGUCAUAUCUGCGUACAUUGCGGCUGCCGGAGAUUUUGUCGAAGCUCUCCCUUAUUGUCUUCUCAGAGCCCGUCAUGAAUUCAUGCUUGAAGCGAACCGAAAUCCGGCAGACUAUGGCGAGAACCGUGGACGAGCCGCUGCAUGCGAGGCCCUUGCCCGCAAAGUUGUACAUCAAGCUCCCCGAGAGAAGUUGACAACUCUCAUGUCGACUCGGUUCAAGCAUCGUCAGCCAGAUGGUGACAUAGAAAUGUCAAGCGCUCUGGAAAUUGCCAUCGACUCUCAUUGUACUAUUUUUUUGUCAUCCAGCGAGGCUCAGGAUGUUGUAGAUUCUCUAUGGCGAGGAGACUUGGUCCAGAAGAAUAACAAGUUCAGUGAUAUUGAUUAUGUUCCCUUUGAUCAGCUCACAGAACAUUCGUUCUGGGGGCAUCUCAACCCAUCCCGACUGGCUGUUCCACGGUAUCAAAAUGGGCUGCGUAUGGUCGUGUGGCUCUUCUUUCUCGCAGUUUACUCACAAGCCGUCCAGGAGCCGCUUGAUCCAUUUGACCCUUUUCACCGCCACCUAGACAUAUGGGAGAUCAUUUUAUACACGAUGUCUUUAGCCUUUAUAUAUAAGUUGCUUCACUUUGCUACUUUCCGUGCUUUCAGUUUCUGGAACUUUGUUUCUUUCGUUACCGAUGGCCUCUUGACAACUGCCUUUGUCCUUCGGAUCACUGGACUGGCAACAGCCAAUCAUGGUGAUACUCUCCGUGUGCGAAGCUUCCAAGUCCUUAGUUAUCUUAUAACUGUGUUCGAUGGCUACAAAUACAUCGGCACGAUGCAAAUUUGCAUUGCUCGCAUGCUCCGUGAAUCAGGCAUUUUCUUCGCGCUGCUUUCUGUGCUAGGGGUUGGCUUUCUGCAAGGCCUCUACGCUCUCGAUGCUGCCGAUGGACAGACUGAAUCUGUCAUGACGGUCGUCAAUGUCAUGGUCCAGUCACUGCUGCACCCUGCGGGGCUUCUGCUCUUUUAUCUCUGGAAUGUGGUGACAGCGAUCGUCUUGCUCAAUGUCCUGAUUUCUCUGUUCUCCUCCGCAUACUCAGAUGUGGUUGAAGAUGCAGAGGCAGAGUUCCUGGCCUACUUUGCCGGCAAAACAGUUUCGUUAAUCAGGACGCCAGAUUCGUUUGUUUAUCCCGCGCCCUUCAACCUCAUUGAGACCCCGUUUAUUGCGCCUUUUGAAUUAUUCCUCAGUUCUUCUGCAUAUGCCACGGUGAUGACAUUAUUUUUACUUCUAUUCUACAACACAGGACUUAUCCUCAAUCGAUAUGUCAUGUCCGUUCUGUUUUUCAUCCCCCUCUCGAUAAUCGCGUUGUACGAAUCGACACGGGGGAACGCAAAGUUCAAGUGGAUGAACGAUUUCAUGAACGGAUCUUUCGAAGAGGAGGACAGCCCUGCCAUUCGUGACCCAGAAGUCGACGAAGGGGACGUGGAUGAAGGAUAUGCAAUCAGCAAGGUACCUUUCUCUGAGCUGAUCAAGGCGUUUCCAGAUACGCAGCAGUCGACUGAGGCCACCAUAACCAAAGAAAUCCACGAGGUUAAAAUUCAGUUGGAUGCACUCAUGAAGCUGUUGGAGGCAAGGUCAGAAUAG